AUGGAAAAAACAAAGAGUGUCGAUGUUGUGUUCUUCGUGUUUGUCUUAACCAUUUUGUUUCCUAUCGUUAAAUCGCAAACUUUCGAUGAUUUUUGGUUUGUUCAGCAAUGGCCACCAGCUGUUUGUACUUUACAAUCAGGACGAUGUGUAGGACGAGGGACUCGAUCCUUCACAAUUCAUGGUUUGUGGCCUCAAAAGGGAGGACGUUCUGUGACUAAUUGUACUGGCAAUCAAUUUGAUUUCACUAAGAUUGCACAUUUAGAAAACGAUCUAAACGUAGUUUGGCCGAAUGUGGUGACGGGAAACAACAAAUUCUUUUGGGGUCAUGAAUGGAACAAACAUGGGAUUUGCUCAGAGAGCAAGUUUGACGAAGCGAAGUACUUCCAAACAGCGAUAAACAUGAGGCACGGUAUCGACCUUCUUAGUGUGCUGAGAACUGGUGGAGUAGGACCAAAUGGAGCCUCCAAGGCAAAGCAAAGAGUCGAAACCGCGAUUUCAUCCCAUUUUGGAAAAGAUCCAAUUCUUCGAUGUAAAAAAGCAUCAAACGGCCAAGUCUUAUUGACGGAGAUUGUGAUGUGCUUCGAUGACGAUGGUGUCACCCUUAUAAACUGUAACAAAGCAAGAUCCAAUUGUGCUGGGAGCUUUAUUUUUUAA